UCAUUGGUAUCAGUGACAGGUCUAACAGGUCAUAGUGCAAUAACACUUUUUAUGAUUCUCUCCCUCCAAAACAAUCAGAAAGAUGAAGCUUACGCAAGAAAAUUCUUCUGCCGCCCUUAGCCACCCGUACUUGUAGAGGAAACGGCCUCUUCCUUCUUAUCUUCUAACGCUCAGCUCGCUCUCUCUCUCUCUCUCUCUCUCUCUCUCUCUCAUUUCAAAGAAACAAAAAAGCAAAGAAAAUGGCGACAGCAAAAAUAUUCUCUCUAUUCCCACUCCUGCUAUUCGCCGUCUCCUUCUUAUCUUCUAACGCUCAAUCCUUCGACGUUCGCAAACAUCUUGCCACCGUUACCAGAUAUGAUUUUGUGAGAGAUGUCAACGACAAUGCCUAUGUGGCUUCUAACAUUCCAGAUGGAUGUAGUGUAAUCCACUUAAAUCUCGUGGCAAGGCAUGGAACUCGUGCUCCUACGAAGAAACGCAUCAAAGAAUUAGACAGAUUGGCAAUUCAUUUGGAAACUCUUCUUGGUGAUGCAAAACAUGAGGCACAGGGAGACGGUAUCUCUUUGCAGAAAAUCCCCAACUGGUUUUGGGGAUGGCAGUCUCCUUGGAAAGGGAAACAAAUAGGCGGGGAACUUGUCAGCAAGGGAGAGGAGGAACUGUAUCAUCUUGGAAUUAGAAUCCGGGAGAGAUUUCCAGAGUUGUUUAGUGAGGAAUAUCACCCAGACAUCUUCUCAAUCAGAGCAACCCAGGUUCCCCGAGCAUCAGCCAGUGCGAUUGCAUUUGGCAUGGGCCUAUUUUCUGGUAAGGGAGGUCUUGGACCAGGGAAGCAUCGUGCUUUUGCUGUGACCAGUGAGAGCCGUGCAAGUGAUAUACAUCUGAGAUUUUACGACACUUGCAUUAUGUACAAGGAAUUUAGGGAAAGUCAGGAACCUGCUGUUGACAAGCUUAAAGAACCUACUUUGGAUGAGAUUUCCUCUGCAUUGGCCACACGCUACCAUCUGAACUUCACAAGACAAGAUGUUGCUUCCCUUUGGUUUCUAUGUAAGCAGGAAGUGUCUUUACUGGACAUAACCGACAGAGCUUGUGCCCUUUUCACUCGUUUUGAGGUUGAGUUGCUUGAGUGGACAGAUGAUUUGGAGGGGUUCAUAUUAAAGGGAUAUGGUAAAUCAAUAAAUUAUCUGAUGGGAAUACCGUUGCUCAAAGAUGUAGUUCAGUCCAUGGAGCAGGCUAUUGUGGCUAAAGAAGAACAACAUAACCCUGGCACUUCCGAAAAGGCGAGGCUUCGAUUUGCACAUGCGGAGACUGUUGUACCAUUCACUUGUCUGCUUGGUCUCUUUCUCGACAGAUCCGAGUUCGAACAAAUACGAAGAGACCAACCCUUGGAGCUGCCUCCAAAGCCUCCUAAGGAAAGAAACUGGAGGGGAAACAUACUUGCACCAUUUGCUGGGAAUAACAUGCUAGUGUUGUACAACUGUCCUGGCAACAAUUCUAAAAGUGUCUCAUCAGGAGCUGAUAGAAGCAAGUAUUUUGUUCAAGUUCUGCACAAUGAAGCUCCUGUUCCCAUUCCAGGUUGCGGUAAUACCGACUUCUGCCCAUUUGACGUUUUCAAGGAAAAAAUCGUUAAUCCUCAUUUGGAGCAAGACUACAAGUUGCUCUGCAACUCGAAGACUGAACCACCCAAGUCAGAAUCACCAAAUCCCCGUUCUGUUGCCUGGUCUUCUGAGAACUUGUUGCUGUUAGUGCUGAUCCAACCUCUCCUGCUUGGGAUCUUUGUUCUUCUGUUUUGCAGCCGCAUGGCGUUAAGAUGUAUUGAUCGGUGUAGGAGAUAUCAUAAUUAUUCUCGACAUGUAUGCUAACGUACAUGGGAUUCACAUGUUGCCCAUGCCAUCACCAGAGUGCGCCAUACGCUAUUUGUUUUAUAUUGUCUUAUUUCUCUAUGAAAGUAAAUACUGGAAACCAGGUGAUACAUGGAAAACUAAGUCUGCAGAUAUCUCAGCAUAUCAUUUUGACAUGUGGCAGUCAUCAUUUUGGUUAAAAUGGCAUCCUGCUUAGAUGAUGUGGUGUCCACAACUCUAUGGUUUCAUACCUUUUUUUUUUUUGGAAAAGAAAAGGGCAAAUGAUAAGAGUACUGUGGGCUGUAUUGAAAUUCCUAUACAAUCUAACUUAAGUGCUUGUGAAAACUGGAAAUGCUUUCUAGGCUUUAGCUGGUAUUAGCAUAAACUUGUUAUUUAGAUAUAGAGGAUGCUGAAAUCUGUACGCCUUAAAAGUCCAUUGCCUCUCUUCA